AUCCUUUCUCUUCAGUGUAAACGGAAGUGAACAGUGACCAAGAACAAUUUCCACUUUAGCGUUUUAAUUUGUUAUUUAGACGUUUAUUAACACCAUGGAACUCAGCAUAUUACUACUUUAACUGCACGGCAUCACAUACUUACUUCAGGUAGUGUUUAAUUCCCGUUGGAGACAGGGCUUGGUUAAUAGAUGUUAUCUAGGUAACGCUAGCUAACAAUGGCUAACUGUAUGGUUUUUCACACUCAAAUAGCCUCCAUCAUGGAGGUGUUAGCAAAUGCAGCCGUGGCAGAGAUCUGUAAACUCGUAGACGACGACUAUGCAGUGAUCCGUUUGGAAAUGUCUCAAAGCCAGAAAGAAAACAGGGGAUUGCGGAGGAAACUACAGCUACUGGAACUGAAGGUGGCGCGGGAGCGCGCAGAGCGCGUCCUCGCCAGUCGUCCCAGUAGUGUCAAGAUCCUCGACCGAUACAGAGGAAUGGCAAGAGGUGAAGGACAUCUCACUGGAGGUCACAGGGGCUUUGUGAAGCCAGUGGGACACAAUACAUGGAGAGAUGACCAACCAAUCACUGUUGAUGAGGGGAGUGGAACCUCAACCCAGCAUGUUAUCGUUAUAGAGUAUGCAGAUGCAGAGGCUGCAGGUCCUGGGGUUAAGCAGGAGAGGUCUGAAGGAGAGGAAAACAAACAACACAACAGAGACAUCCAGACUGGAGCAGCGGCUGGAGUGGUUCCCCCUGUGGCUACGGAGGACUCUUCCACCACCCCAUCGCAGCCCAGGAUGCGACGCAUCAGCACGGAGGUCAGUGGAACGCUGAACUCCGUCCUCAAGUCAGAGACCGACACAGAGACUUUAACUGUAACACAAAGGCUUUUGCACACAGGAUCUGACCACAGAUCAGACCCAGAGAGACUGGGGCCACUGGGCUGUUCUCCUGCUCCCAGUUCAGAGUAUUUACUUUACGGUAACCCAAGCCCGAGGACGGUUCAUUCUCAUCAGGACUCAGGUGACGUGUUAGAGACUGGCAAUGAUCCGUCUUGUUCUUACACUACAGAGCUGGACACUGGCAAUAUUCCCUUGGGUUUAGAGACACAGACUGUUCUCUCUAGAGGGGAUUGGAACCAGUACAGUAGUAGUGUAUACUCUGAAGGGUGCGUAGAGGGUCUGGUUGUAGAUAAAGUGACUGUGAAAGUGGAGGGCGAUGUCCCUCCCACAUGGAAUGCAGAUAGUCACCUAGGAGACGGACACUCACAGGGCAGAGAUUUCUUAGAAAACAGGGAAAGCUUGGAGACAAAUCCAAAUGCCGUUACCCACUCCCCUUUACACGCAUUCAGCGGUCGCGACCCAGUGUCCACGUCGAUGCGGCCUUCCGAUUCGCACAGCCGUGUCCUUUUCGAUCAGGUAUUGAACUCAAACGACAGGGCUAGAGCCCAGGCUCAGGGAGUGGGAGCCACGUCAGGCAAUAGUAAAGAGAAACGGUUCCUGUACAAGUUCUGUAACAAAGGCUUCAGCUGCACCCAGAAGGUGGACAUCCACCAGAUGGUCCACACAGAGGAGAGACCAUUCAUCUGUACCCAGUGUCACAUGCGCUUCGCCCAAGCUGGCACCCUGAAGAGGCACCAGAGGGUCCACACAGGAGAGAAACCCUUCAAAUGUACCCAGUGUCACAUGCGCUUCGCCCAGGCCGGUGACCUGAAGAGGCACCAGAGGGUCCACACGGGGGAGAAACCCUUCAGGUGCCCCCAGUGUGAGAAGAGGUUCUCCCGCCAGGACCAGCUGAAGAUGCACCUGAAGAUCCACAUGGAAGAAAGGCCGUUUGCGAAACACCGAACACCUGGCGUGCACUGCGCCCGGGCCGUCACAGGAGUCGCCAGGACUUCCCGUCCGGCCAUACUCUCCCCUAACCCGGACGACGCUGGGCCAAUUGUGCAUCGCCUCAUGGGUCUCCCGGUCAUGGCCGGCUGCGACACAGCCCGGUAUCGAACCAGGAUCUGUAGUAACGCAGCUAACAGUGCGAUGCAGAGACUUACACCGCUGCGCCACUCGGGAGGCCCCCAAGACACUCCUAAUGAGAAAAUGUAUGUGUAUUUAUUGUUGAUACGUUCAGUAGACAUGGAGGAUGGGAAGCCUGAUCUGCUGCUGGUCAAAGAGGAGACAAUAGAUGAUGGACCAGAGAGCAUUGACCUGCUGAGUGGACUAAAGAUGGGGGAGCAAGGUGGUUGGCUAGAGGCUAACAGAGGAGACUGGACGACCAUCUUGGAUUACCAGACAGUGUUGGGUUUCGCUAAGGUGAACUAUGUGAAGCAGCUCCAGACCGUUCACACCAAGGAGAGGCCCUUCAUGUGUAAACUAUGUUACAAGAGCUUUUCCUUCCUUAGUAACCUCAUCAGACAUAGGAGUGUCCACAAUGGGGGGAAAACCCUAAUAAUGGCUAACUGUAUGGUUUUUCACACUCAAAUAGCCUCCAUCAUGGAGGUCCUGGCGAAUGCAGCCGUGGCAGACAUUUGUAAACUCGUAGACGACGACUAUGCAGUGUUUCGUUUAGAAAUAACUCAAAGCCAGAAAGAAAACAGGACAUUGCGGAGGAAACUUCAGCUACUGGAACUGAAGGAGGCACGGGAGCGCGCAGAGAGGACAAUGACGCGAGGUCGCGUCGUCCCAGGUAGUACGACUACGAGUAGUGUCAAUAUCCUGAACCGAUACAGAGGAAUGGCAAGAGGUGAAGGACAUCUCACUGGAGGCCACAGGAUCUCUGUGAAGCCAGCAGGACACAAUACAUGGAGAGAUGACCAACCAAUCACUAUUGGUGAGGGGAGUGGACCCUCAACCCAGCACAUUAUCAUGAUAGAGUCUGCAGAUGCAGAGGCUGAUGGCCCUGAGGUCAAGCUGGAGAGGUCUGAAGGAGAGGUGGACCCACAGCACAGCAGAGACAUCCAGACUGGAGUGCCCCCUGUAGCCAUGGAUGACCCAACCACUGCCCCAGUGCAACCCAGGACCCGACUCAGCAGCACGGAGGUCAGUGGAACGCCGACCGCCGUACUCAAGUCAGAGACAGACACCGAGACUUUAACGGGGCUGGGGCGACUGGGCUGUCCUCCUGCUCCUUGCUCAGAGUAUUUACUUUACGGUAACCCGAGCCCGAGGACAGUUCUAUCACAUCAGGACACAGGUGACGCGUUACAGACUGGCAAUGAUCCGUCCUGUUCAUACGCUACAGAGACCGAGAUGAUACCUAGUGAUAUAUCUGUGGACUUAGAUAUACAGACUAAUCCAAUGAGAGGGGACUGGAACCGGUACAGUAGUAGUGUAUACUCUGAACGGUGCCUAAAUAAGAAAGGGGAGGUUAUAGUCUUAGAUGACAUGAUUGUGAAAGUGGAGGACGACACUCCUCUGACAUGGAAUGCAAACGAAACUCACAUAGGACACUCGCAGGGCAACACCAGUGACUACUUAGACUACAGGGAAAGCUUAGAGAGAAAUCCAAAUGUCGCAACCCACUCCCCUUUACACGCGUUCAGGGAUCGCGAUCCAGAGUCCACGUCAAUGGGGCCUUCUGAUUCACACGGCCGCAUUCUUUUUGAUCAGGUAUUGAACUCAAAUGACAGGGCUAGAGCCCAGGCUCAGAGAGGGGGAGCAACAUCAGGCAAUACAAAAGAGAAACGGUUCCUCUGCAAGUUCUGUCACAAAGGCUUUAGCUGCCUCCAGAAGGUGGAGAGUCACCAGAGGGUCCACACAGGGGAGAAAUCCUUCAGCUGUACCCAGUGUGAGAAGAGGUUCUCCCACCAGCACCACCUGAAGAGGCACCAGAGGGUCCACACUGGGGAGAAACCCUACAGCUGCCCCCAGUGUGAGAAGAGGUUCUCCCGCCAGGACCAGCUGAAGAUGCAUCUGAAGGUCCACACUGGAGAAAGGCCAUUCGCCUGUACACACUGUGGGAAAAGGUUCUCAGAGAGGAGCUACCUCAGGACACACCAGCAAAAACACCAUUCAACUCUAACAUAGAAAGUAAACAUUCCAUUCGAUUGCUUCUGACGUUUAGAUCAAACCCUGCAUUAUAGACAAAGAUUAAUUUUCAUUGUUGCCAUCAGAAAAGAUCCACAGAUGAAUUUGGAAUAACAAGAGUAACAGAUUUCAGUGUUGAAUAUUCCUGGGUAGAAUAUUGCAUACAGACAUUGUGUGAUAUAUAAGGCAUAUAUAAGCCUAAAAGGUCUGUUAUAUAAUUGUGUUUCUACUGUGGAGGAUAUAUAAUGUUCAUAAAUGCCUAUUUAAUUAUUUCCAUUCAACUAUUUAAUUUUUUUCCCAAAACACUUGAGAAAAUGAAUGCAGUAUCAAGUUCAUGCAGAUUUUUUGUUGUAAUGGUGUAUUUAAAACUUGUUUAUGUUUAAUAACAUAUAAUGGGACUUUUCAUUAAGACUUAUUCACCAUCCUUGGAUUUCUUCAAAUUUUGUAAUAAAGUAUGAUUAAAAUGGA